GGAAAACGUUAUGGACAAGAAGUACAUGAACUGCACACGAUGUGAACUUUGUGGAACUGCAGACGUCAUUUAUGGGUCCACAUUUAUGGAGUAUUCGAUUCUUCUCCGGUUACUGACCGCUCCCUUGGCAACAAUGGGAAUGGGCUUGCUAUCAGCGACAAUUGUCAAAACAAAAGGGAUUCAUAUCAAUACGAAAGUGAUUUUAUUGGUUUUGUGUAUUUCUGCAAUUAUUUGUAAUACAGGUAUAACCGUGGAUUGUCUGUAUAAAUUUUUCAUAUCCAAUGUCAUGCCGGAUUAUAUGCAAUGUGAUUUUCAAGUAUUCAGUCCACAAUAUGGAUUAGUGAUCAGACACAUUGAAAUGCUUGGGGCAAUGUGUCUAUCUACAUCCUCCGUAGCACUGGCUGUUGAACGAACAGUGGCUACGAUUUUUUAUCGCAAUUACUCUCCAAAACCUACACUCGGAUCAAUUCUCGUCGUUGUCCAGGUACUGGUCAGCUCCAUCCCAUUCUGGAACAUCAGACUGCCCAAACAAAUGUACCCAUAUUCACCGCCAGAGCUCCAUGACUACCAACUCUACUAUUUCAUAUCAAUGUGGCUCACUCUUCUAAACGUUCUUGCAUUCUUCAUUUUUACAAUUCUAUGGAUUAUCAACUAUUAUCGUCAGAAAAUCAUCGGGAACAGUCAUCUUCAAGUCGCCCUGGACAGAUACAACCUGCAUGAAAACAUGUCAAUGACUCGUCUCAUGGCGCCCGUCAUCAUCGUUAUCUGCCUAAUGGUGUUCUUGGCUGAAUCGAUUCUUUUGCUCGCAACACCGGAGUACAAUGAGGACACUGUAGUGACACAUCAAGUAUUAAACGAAGUUAUAGAGUAUUCCUUCUAUCCAGAGCUACAGCUCACCAUCAUCCCUUUGCUCUUUAUUGCUCUUGUGCUCGUGCUCAUCACCCUCUCAUCAAAACUUCGAGAAAAUUUCCUCUUGGUUUCAAAUCUUUCCAUCUGCUUCCCAGUCAAAAUCCACACCACGGACUCAAGGUCAUCUAGUGAAUCUUCAAGCUCUGAUGGCUCAACAGGCAGAAUUCAUUGGAAUAGUAAAAUUGAUAGUCUUUCAAUAACUCCUCAAGUCUCCAAAUAUUAAAGUAUGCAUGUGUCUUGUCCCCUCGUUAAUUGUGAUCUUUCUGUGGUUGAACAUACAGUACCUCGUAGAAUUUCUUCCGCACAAUCUCUUUUCUUCUCAAACGAAAAAGUCAUUUGAAGUAGCGAAAUUGGAAUUUUUAGGUGAAAUACCCUGAAAGAUUUCUUGUAUGUAUUACUAACUUACCGUACUCUUAUCAUUGUCGGUUUCAUUUUGCAACACACCAUUUUCUGUCGAUCUCAAUGGCCCAAUAAACAGUUUCAUUAAAA